AUGUGGAACGCAGCGCGAUUCGCCGCGUCCAGUUUGACCCGAUCGACCAGGCGCUUCUCCACGGCGAUUCCUGGUCCCUGUAUUGUCCACAAGCGUGGCGCUGAUAUUCUCCAUGAUCCCUGGUUCAACAAGGACACUGGAUUUCCUUUGACAGAAAGAGAUCGACUUGGGCUUCGGGGUCUCCUCCCACCUCGUGUCAUAUCGUUCGAGCAGCAAUAUGCUCGUUUCAUGGAGUCGUAUCGGUCUCUAGAGAAAAAUACUAAGGGCCAACCAGAAGGUGUUGUUGCCUUGGCUAAAUGGAGGAUCUUAAACAGGCUGCAUGACAGGAACGAGACCUUAUACUACCGUGUCCUUAUUGAUAACAUCCAAGAUUUCGCUCCUGUAAUUUACACUCCUACAGUAGGAUUGGUAUGUCAAAAUUAUUCAGGGUUAUUCAGACGUCCACGUGGAAUGUAUUUCAGUGCAAAGGAUAAAGGGGAGAUGAUGUCUAUGAUCUACAAUUGGCCAGCUCACCAGGUAGACAUGAUAGUCCUGACAGAUGGCAGUCGUAUCCUUGGCCUAGGUGAUCUUGGAGUUCAGGGAAUUGGAAUACCGAUAGGAAAACUUGAUAUGUAUGUUGCUGCAGCCGGCAUUAAUCCACAGAGAAUACUACCGGUUAUGCUUGAUGUUGGUACUAACAAUCAAAAGCUACUUGAAGACCGUCUUUAUUUAGGACUUCGACAACGUAGGUUGGAAGGAGAAGAGUACAUAUCAAUUGUUGAUGAAUUCAUGGAAGCUGUUCAUACACGUUGGCCCAAGGCCAUUGUGCAGUUUGAGGAUUUUCAAAUGAAGUGGGCUUUUGAAACGCUGCAACGUUAUCGUAAAAGGUUUUGCACAUUCAAUGAUGAUAUACAGGGAACUGCCGGUGUUGCACUUGCAGGAUUAUUAGGAGCUGUGAGAGCCCAAGGUCGACCAUUGGCUGACUUUGUGAAACAAAAGAUAGUUGUUGUGGGAGCUGGGAGUGCCGGACUUGGUGUUCUUAACAUGGCUGUACAGGCUGUUGCAAGAAUGGCAGGGAACGGUGAAGCUGCUGCAAAAUAUCAUUUCUUUCUGAUUGAUAAAGAUGGUCUAGUCACAAAAGAGAGGAAGAAUCUUGAUCCUAUGGCUGCACCCUUUGCAAAAGAACCAGGAGCAAUUGAUGGGCUUAGGGAGGGAGCUAGUCUAGUUGAAGUGGUUAAGAAGGUCAAGCCCCAUGUGCUUCUUGGUUUGUCUGGAGUUGGUGGUGUCUUCAGUCAAGAGGUACUACAAGCAAUGCGAGAGUCGGAUUCAGCUAAACCUGCGAUUUUCGCUAUGUCAAAUCCAACCAUGAAUGCUGAAUGCACUGCUGAAGAUGCUUUUAAGCAUGCUGGUGAAAACAUAGUCUUUGGAAGUGGAAGCCCCUUUGAGAAUGUUGAUCUUGGCAAUGGAAAAGUAGGCCAUGUAAAUCAAGCAAAUAACAUGUACCUCUUUCCAGGGAUUGGUUUAGGUGCACUUCUCGCAGGUGCUCGUCUAAUAUCAGAUGGCAUGUUACAAGCAGCUUCUGAAUGCCUUGCUUCAUAUAUAACAGAUGAAGAUAUCCGAAAGGGCAUCUUGUAUCCAUCUAUUCACAGUAUCCGACAUCUAACAGUGGAGGUUGGAGCUGCUGUCCUGCGGGCAGCUGUUGCAGAAGAACUGGCCGAAGGACAUUGUGAUGUGGGGCCCAAAGAGCUCAUGAACAUGUCAAAAGAGGAGACUCUGGAAUAUGUGACUCGCAACAUGUGGUUCCCAGUUUAUAGCCCUCUUGUUCAUGAAAAAUGA